ACCGCCCCAGGAAGCGCAGGGUUUAGCGGCCGGCCCGCGCCGCGAUGUAUUGUGGGGCGCAGCAGCAGAGCCAAGAUGGCGGCCAGCAGGAGGCUGAUGAAGGAGCUUGAAGAAAUUCGCAAAUGUGGAAUGAAAAACUUCCGUAAUAUCCAGGUUGAUGAAGCUAAUUUAUUGACCUGGCAAGGGCUUAUUGUUCCUGACAAUCCUCCAUAUGAUAAAGGAGCCUUCAGAAUUGAAAUCAACUUCCCAGCAGAAUAUCCAUUCAAACCUCCUAAGAUUACAUUUAAAACAAAGAUCUAUCACCCUAACAUCGAUGAAAAGGGGCAGGUUUGUCUGCCAGUAAUUAGUGCUGAAAACUGGAAGCCAGCAACCAAAACUGACCAAGUAAUCCAGUCCCUCAUAGCACUGGUGAAUGAUCCACAGCCCGAGCACCCCCUCCGGGCUGACCUAGCUGAAGAAUACUCUAAGGACCGUAAAAAAUUCUGUAAGAACGCUGAAGAGUUUACAAAGAAAUAUGGUGAAAAGCGACCAGUGGACUAAAAUCUGACACGAGUGCUGUCAGCAACCUAUGAUAGAAGAUCGGAGCAGUGCAUUUGAGACACCCCGUAAAGCAGGACUCUAUGGAAAAUUGACAAGUGCCACCUUUUGGUGUGAACUUGUGGCUGUUACUAACUUUCUACAGUUUUCUUAAUCAAAAGUGGGCUAGGUAACCUGUAAAGAAAGGAUUAAAAUUUAAGAUGUUCUAGUUCUGCUUUCUUUGUUUAAAAAUCACUGCUUCAAUAUACUUUAAAGUAUGCUGUUUUCUUUUUCUUGUCAGAAUUUAUCAAAAAUAUCUUAGACUUAUAUUCUGCCCUUAAAUUGAAAAGGUUGUGGCUGUCAUUUCUUAUUUUUCCUUGCAGUUCCCACUAUCUUGAGUUCAUUCAUUGAAUUUUAACCCCCUCCUCAAAGUGAUGUCUUAGGAAAAAUAUCCCAGUUCCGGCAGAAAAUGAUUGAGUGUUUGGCAGUUUUGUUUACUUUUCUUUCUAAAUGUUGCACUGUGCUUUGUGGGACUUGUUGCAAGUUCCCCUGAACUUCAGUUUGUAACAUAAUAAACAAAAUCCAACCCACAAAACCAAUCAGAAACAAUGUCUGGGUCUGAUGUAAAUCUGGCCAAUGUCUAUUAAACGGGGAAACCCAAGUUUUUGUGUGCAUCAUUCAAUUAGAAUAUGGCUUCUGUUCUGCUCUUGGAAAACUUUGGAAAAAAAAUCUGUAGCAAACAAGUAUAGUAGGAUGUGAUUGCAAACUUCCUUCACUUCUGUCUUUAAUGCCUAUGCAGAGUAGUGGGAAACAUGCACAGAACAACAUUGCAACCAAUCCAGGAGAGUUCCAGAAAUUGGGGACCAAGAAGUACCAAAGUGACAAACUGUCUUUUGAGUUGAAAAUCAUUAUUUUGGAAACAUUAAUUUUGAAUUCAAGAACUAAAUCUGACAGCACCGCUGUCCUCUCUGAACGUUUUCCCUCAGAAUGCAGCAGGAGCAUCUGUGUUUGUGGGACAGCCCUGGAGCUGUUCCCAGCCCCAGCAGGGCUGCGAGAGUUCAGUGUCAGUCAGUUCAUCAGCUUUGUCAGGCAGAGCCUUCCUGCAGCUGCCCCGGGGCGCUCCUGUGCAUGCUGAAGGAAAGGAGAGGGAGCCUUUCCCUUCAGAGCUGAGCAUCCUUUGCCGUGUCUCUGCUGCUUCUGCUGCCUUUCCUCCCCAGCCCAGGGCAUGAUCCUAGCUCCACAGUCAAACUGCCACACAGUCAACCUGCUGUCUCCCCUUCUGCAGCUGGGGUCUGCUACUGAGUGAACGGAUUAUUCCCAGAAAUCCAUCGAUGUCUGGGCGCACAUAUCAUUUCGAUGUGCAGAAAGCUGAAUUGAAAAAACCCUGACACCUAGGUGGUUGCCUGUACUCCUAAAUUUAGUUUUAAUACAGCCUCUGCCUUUGCAACCUUUCAGAACUGGUGUGUCAAGCAGUAGAUCUCUCUUGGUUUUAAUGUCUUGUGUAUUUGCUAUUUCCUUAUUCGUCCCUCUCCUCUGGCUUUCGUUUCCAAUUUAGUGUAAACAAUGACAGCCCAGUACCUCACCUCUGUUGAAAGUAAAUUUUUUUAUGAGUUAGGGAGCUAAGAAAUUUUAUGUUUAAGUGUUCUUAGACAGAUUCUUUGGCAGGUAAAUAAAGUUAAACCACAUUCACCUUAUUUACGGAAACUUGCAUUUCCUAAGUGUUUUCAGGCUUGUGAGAGCACUAUUACCAAAUUUUCACAUCUUUGUGUCUUCAUUUGCAGAAAGUUGGUACUGAUUUUGUUUCGUUCACGCUCACUCGGAUUCAUAAUAAAAUAAUGCCAAAUUAUCUGUCAAACUGAAGUGUGUAACUUCUGCAUCACCUGAGUCACUGUACCUUCGAUCAUGUCCGUUGGCAUGGAAACUUUCAUUCUCUAAAUUUUAUUUGAAACAAAACUGUAGCACUAGUUUGCUGCCCUCGUUGCUACUCAGUAGUUCCUCUGUGGUUGUAAAGCCUCUCAGGUCAAAGACUGCGCCCGUCUGCCUGGCUGUGCUCGGAUGCGGCGGGAAGGGACGCCAGGGCUGCGUGCCCGCAGGAGCUCCGGCCGAGCCGCAGCAGCCGCUCCCACCCAGCUGCAGAGCUCACGCGAAGACAGAUCUCGCUAUCAGUUCUCUUGGUGUGUUCUUCAUAGUCCAACUGCUAAACUGUGAGACGCGUAAACAAAGCGCCGGCCCGCGACCGGGGCGGCCUCUGAACAAAGGGAUCCGGCACCCGUGUGGCUGAAGGCUGAGGAGGAGAAAUCCAAGUGAGAAGUCCUAUGAUAACUCAGGAAAUCAAGCUCUUGUUCUCUCUGGUUCCCUAAGCCAUGCUGAAUUUUAAACGUGCAGUUGAACACCUACAAUGAAAGCAGCGCACUGGUGAAACUACACCCAGGAGUACUGGUAUAGGCUUUCUGCAAGUCCAUUCUGCUACCCUAAUAAAAAUUGCUCUUAAAGGC